CAGCUGGACUUGACCCAGAGGAUCUUGUACCAGGAGGUGAUGCUGGAGACCUGUGGGCUUCUGGUCUCUCUGGGUUGUUCUUUGUCUAAAUCAGAGCCGAUCGACGAGCUGGAGCACGGCCAGGACUUAUGGGUGGUGGAGGAAGAUCUCUCCCAAAACUCCUGUCCAGGUGACAGCACACAACCCUGGACCCCAGAGCCUACCCUUCCUCACCUGGCCUUGCCUGAGGAAGUCUCACUCGAGCAGCAACUGACACAGGGAGCCUCAGGGGACUCCCAACUGGAGCAAGCCAAGGAUCAGGAUGGGCCAUCAGAGAUGCAGGAAGGCCACUGGAGACCAGAGAUGGACCCGCUGAAGGAGACACUCCCUUGGAAAAUGAGCCCUGAACAUGAUGGUUUGGGGACAGAUGAUGGUUUAUGUUCAGUGAUUGUACAGGAACAAGUCUCUCCAGAAGAUGGUCUCUAUGAAUGUGACUCACAUGGAACAGUUUCAGAUCCCUUGAUUCAUAAAGGAAAAAAUUCCUAUAAAUGCAAGGACUGUGGGAACGUCUUUAAGAAGAAUUACCUCCUUGUUCAACAUGUGCAGAUUCACAAUCGAGUGAAGCCCUAUGAAUGCACCGAGUGCGGGAAGACCUUUAGCAAGAGCACACAUCUCCUUCAGCACCACAUCAUCCAUACAGGGGAGAAGCCCUACAAGUGCAUGGAGUGUGGGAAGGCCUUUAACCGCAGGUCACACCUCACACGGCACCAGCGGAUUCACACCGGAGAGAAGCCUUAUGAAUGCAGUGAAUGUGGAAAGGCCUUUACCCACCGCUCCACUUUUGUCUUGCAUAACAGAAGCCACACAGGAGAAAAACCCUUUGUGUGCAAAGAGUGUGGCAAAGCCUUUCGAGAUAGGCCAGGUUUCAUUCGACACUAUAUCAUCCACACAGGAGAGAAGCCCUAUGAGUGCAUUGAAUGUGGGAAGGCCUUCAACCGCCGGUCGUACCUCACAUGGCACCAGCAGAUUCACACUGGAGUAAGACCCUUUGAGUGCAAUGAGUGUGGGAAAGCCUUUUGUGAGAGCGCAGACCUCAUUCAACACUACAUCAUCCACACCGGGGAGAAGCCCUACAAGUGCAUGGAGUGUGGAAAGGCCUUCAACCGCAGAUCACACCUCAAGCAGCACCAGCGGAUUCACACUGGAGAGAAGCCGUAUGCGUGUGGUGAAUGUGGGAAGGCCUUCACCCACUACUCCACUUUCGUCUUGCAUAAAAGGACCCACACUGGAGAAAAACCCUAUGAAUGCAAAGAAUGUGGAAAAGCCUUCAGCGAUAGGGCAGACCUCAUUCGACACUACAGCAUCCACACUGGAGAGAAGCCCUACGAGUGCAUGGAGUGUGGGAAGGCCUUCAGCCGCAGCUCACACCUCACGAGGCACCAGCGGAUUCACACUGGAGAGAAGCCCUAUGAAUGCAUCCAGUGUGGGAAGGCCUUUUGCCGGAGUGCAAACCUCAUUCGACACUCCAUCAUCCACACUGGAGAGAAACCCUACGAGUGCAGUAAAUGUGGAAAGGCCUUUAAUCGCAGCUCGUCCCUCACUCAGCAUCAACGAAUUCAUACUGGGAGAAACCCUACCAUUGUGACAGAUGUGAGAAAACCUUUUUCAACUGCACAGACUUCAGUUAAAAUCCAAGAACUCAUAUUAAGGAAAGAAUUUUUUAAUAUGACCACUGAAGAAAAUCUGUGGUGAGAGGAAGCAUCUUACUCAGCAUCUGGCCAUUCAUGCCAAAGAGAAACUCCUCAGUGCUAUUUCUAUGGAAAAACCUGUUGUAGAUCCUCAUUUGCCAUCUAAAGAAUCAUGUUAGAAAUUGACCCAGCCUAGAGUCUUAUUCUGUGUCUGAGAAUUCACCCAUGAGAGAGACCCACUGGUUAUUGUGCACAUAGGAAAACGUUUAGCCACAUCUUUCUUCUUAGUUUACAGUGAAAUGUUAUCUCAGAUA